UAAUCUGGGGAGCCAUUCACUGCAGGUUACCAAAAUAUGACAUUUAUAAAUAAUUGCUUUAGGCUCUUUUAAUGGCGUGUAGUGCUUAAAGGGAAGAACAACAACCAGAAAUAAAAGUCAACAAAGUUCAAUAGAAGGACAUUGAAUGGUAGUAGCAGAAGCAGAAGGCUUUUUUCAAAACCCUCAAAACAGUGACGCAAUGAGAGCUUCUCUGCAAUACCGGUGCUCUUCUUUUUGAUUCCCACUUCACGCCCUUCCUUUUUUUUUAUUUUUUUCAUCACUUUCAUUUCUCCUCUUGCACGUUGCUCUUACUUUCUCCAACAUUAAUCAAUUGUAGCAGAAAGCUUUUUCAUUUUUUGAGUAUAGUCUCCAACAACCCCACUCAGAUCUCUAAGCAGAAAUGGUGGCAGAACCUUGGAUACUCAAGAUGGGAAACCAAGUAAGUAGCAAUCUUAGACACGCUCUUCUUCUUGAGCAGAAAAAAAAGAGCCCAAAAACCCAUGAAGCUAAACACUUCGUUGGGAUUCUUUCUUUUGAAGUAGCUAAUGUCAUGUCAAAGACUAUUCAUUUACACAAAUCUUUAACAGAUUCUGAGAUCUCGAAGCUGAAAGCUGAGAUCUUGAACUCUGAGGGGAUUAAGUACUUGGUUUCAACUGAUCAAAAUCAUCUUCUUCAGCUGGCUUUAGCUGAGAAGCUGGAUGACUUGAACCGGGUUGCUAGUGUUGUGUCCAGGUUAGGGAAGAAAUGUUAUGAACCAGCUUUACAAGGAUUUGAGCAUGUCUAUAAUGAUGUUAUGACUGGAGUUAUUGAUGUUAAAGCAUUGGGGUUUCUGGUUAAAGAUAUGGAGAGUAUGGUGAGAAAAAUGGAGAGGUUUGUGAAUGCAACUGCGAAUUUGUAUAGUGAAUUGGAGGUUUUGAAUGAGUUAGAACAAACGUCUAAGAAGUUUCAACAGAAUCAGCAUGAAGAAAGUCGUAGAGCGUUUGAUCAGAAGUUGAUUUGGCAGAAGCAGGAUGUGAGACAUCUCAAAGAAAUUUCCCUUUGGAAUCAGAGUUAUGAUAAGGUUGUUGAGCUGUUAGCAAGGACUGUGUGUACAAUUUCUGCUAGGAUUUGUGUUGUCUUUGGGGAGAAUGCUUUAACGAAGGACAUUCUUCGGUUUAGUGAGGAACCUUCUGUUGUGUUUAAGGAUGAAAGCAGACAGGUUUUGGGUCAAGUCCAAGUGGUUUCGGGGCCAUUGAAACGGGUUCUCAGCAGGCGUAGUGGUAAUGGGUGUCAUUCAGGGUUAAUUGAGAAAGCUGGACUGGAUAAAAGGGAGCUAAGUUUGAAGUCUCAGAUUGACUCAAGGAAAGGUGAAGUAGCAUUGUGUAGAGUGGAAGAUUUUAAUGUUCCAUGUGGGGCUAGUCCUGGGAGACUUCUUAUGGAGUGUCUUAGUUUAAGCAGUUCAGUUUCGAAGUUUGAUGAUGAUGGGAUUGAUUGUGAGGAGCGAAGUAGUCAAAUUUCAGGAUGUUGCAGUGUUGGUAAUGGAAGUUUUAAGAGAGAGCCAAUUCAUUCUGGUUCUUUUAUCCUGAAUCAAAUCAGUGUUCCUUUCGGUGUAGAUCAGAGACAGUCUAUGUGUGCACAAUUUGGCCACAAGAACAGGUUGACUGCUUAUGCUUCUCCCUCUACUGUGGGUGGCUCUGCUCUUGCCUUACAUUAUGCAAAUGUCAUAAUUGUCAUAGAGAAGCUGCUUCAUUACCCUCAUUUAGUUGGUGACGAAGCUAGGGAUGAUUUAUACCAGAUGUUGCCAGCGAGCUUAAGAAUGUCUCUCAAGACCAGUCUCAAGUCUUACAUAAAAAAUCUGGCAAUAUAUGAUGCUCCUCUUGCCCAUGGGUGGAAAGAGACCCUUGAUGGGAUACUGAAGUGGCUUGCCCCAAUGGCACAUAAUAUGAUCAGGUGGCAAAGUGAACGAAACUUUGAGCAACAGCAAAUUGUGACACGGACAAACGUUCUGUUGCUGCAGACACUGUAUUUUGCUGACAGGCAGAAGACAGAGGCAGCCGUCUGCGAGCUCCUUGUUGGCUUGAAUUACAUAUGUCGCUAUGAACAACAGCAAAAUGCCUUGUUAGACUGUGCCAGCAGCUUCGAUUUUGAGGACUGCUUGGAGUGGCAAUCGCAAUAUGGAGUUUCUUAAAAGAGUUGCAGAGCAUCUUACUCCAUCCCUGAUAGAUACUUGUAUGAAGACACAGAUGAUAAUUCAACAAAAUGUGUAUACAUGAGCUUGGCCCCAGUUAUAUGAAAAAAGAUAUAAAAUUCUUCUCUGUAGAAUGUUUUUAUAUUCCUAUGUAGACUUUUUUUUUUCCUUCUCUGUACACAGAAAUCUAAUUCAACUUGACAUCUAAGUUGUCAUCAUCUAGAAAAUUUCAUGCGUGAUGAUGUGAGUGAGAUUCAUGUCAAGUUCAAGCCA